AAGUAACUAGAGUUUAUCGAGGACGUGGAGAGACGUGACUCUUAUAAUUCUGAGAUUAAAAUAAUAUAUUAUAUUAUAUAUAUGUAUGAUUAUUAAAUUAUGUUGAAGUUAUUAUAAAUUAAGUGUGUACUUGUUUAAUAAUUUUUUAAUGAAUAAAUUAAUGUAAUUGGUGGUUAAUUUAUGUUAUAAAUUUAUAAUUCAAAAUAAUAGUAAUAAAAAAAAAAUAAUAAUGUGGUUAGAACAGUGCGAUAGUUUUGCCGAAUUGUGUCGUAGUUAUUUGCCCUAUUAUUUAUUAAUUGUUCUACCAAUUUUUAUUGUCGUAUCUCCAGUAAAUCCGGUAGCAGCAUCACAUGAAUUACCUGUUUAUCGUAUGCACCAGUAUGAUUUACAUGGAACUCCACAUGGUUGCAGAAGUGCAUCAAUACUAUUGGAAGGACGCGGAUUAAGUAAUUGGCGCACAUCACGUCACUGUGUGAUUACGCGGCUCAAUGAUCUGACACCAGAUUUAUUCUAUACAAUUAAAAAUAAAGCUGGAGCAUUAAUUGUUAUGUUACCUAAAGAUAUGACUAAUUUAACAAUUGAUGAACAACAGUCAAUAGCAUUAUUAGAAACUACGAUGUUAACAAGUGGUGAAAUAACAAUACCGAUAUAUUUUUCACCAUGGAAUGAUAAUUUAAAAUCAAUAGUUAACGAUCUAGAGAUUGGAUUUUCUAAAAACGAACCGGUCAAAAGUAAUUCGGAGAUUCAAUCAUUAAUAGAUAUUGUAUCAGCAAGUGGUUAUCAAGUCAUUGUCAGUGCCGGACAACCAAGCCCACGUAAUGAUGUUAAAAUAGCAACAAUCCAUGGCAAAUUAUCAGGUACUGGUGCCGAAGAUAAAUUGCCAACUAUUGCAUUGGUUGCUUAUUAUGACAGCUCUAGUGUAAUAACGGAACUGUCCGUGGGGGCAGAAAGUAAUGCAUCAGGUGUGUCGAUGUUAUUAGAACUUGCAAGAAUAUUUUCAGCGCUAUACUCAAUAAGUAAAUCACGCCCGAAAUUUAAUAUCGUAUUUGUAUUGAGUGGUGGCGGUAAAUUAAAUUACUAUGGCAGUAAAAAAUGGCUGGAGGACCAAUUUGAUGGUCUUGAAGGAUCUGUUAUUCAGGAUGCAGCAUAUGUGAUUUGUUUAGAUGCUGUUUCACUGACAAAUAAUUUAUAUCUUCAUGUAUCGAAACCACCAAAAGAGAAUUCAUUUGGUUAUUUAUUUUACAAUGAAUUAAAAAAUGUCAUUGAUACUUACAACAGUAACAACAACAACAACAACAACAACAACAAUGAUAACGAUGAUAAUGACAGUGAUAAUAAUAAUUUAAAUUUGGAAGGUAUCCAUAAAAAAAUAAAUCUUGCUGAUGAAUCAUUGGCAUGGGAACACGAGCGCUAUAGUAUAAGACGAUUGCCAGCAGUAACCAUAUCAUCAUUAAGGAGUCACGAUAAUCCUCUAAGGACAUCAAUACUCGAUAUAAAUAAUUUAAGUAAAACCAAAUUAGAUAGAUUAUAUAGAAAUACAAAGUUAAUUGGCGAAACAUUGGCGCGACGACUUUAUAACCUGAAUUCAACGGAAAUAUUAUCAAAUCCUGUUGAAAUAUCAAAAGAAUCAUUGGAAGUUUGGUUUAAUUACUUAACCUCGCAAUCUCGUUCAGUUCCAAUUUUAUCAGAUAGUAAAAAUUCGUAUAAUCCAUUAGUUAAUUCAUUACAUGAAUUUAUGCAGAGAUAUUUGACUGAAGUUAAAAUAAAUAGUUAUUCUGCCGAUAAACGUGAUCCUGAAUUUGUAUUUUACGAUAAUACUAAAACAAUAAUGAAUAUUUAUAGUGUUAAGCCAGCAAUAUUUGAUUUAUUUUUAACAAUUGCUAUUGCUGUUUAUUUAUCAAUUAUUUAUUUAGCUGUAUAUAAAUUUUCUAAUUUUUAUUAUUUUGUUGAACGGAUUGCUGGUUACAAAAAUAAAGUUGCGUGAAUUAUUAAAUAUAUUAGUAAAGUCUUUCCAGAGAUUAAGCCGCCGUUCGUUUUUAACCCCACUCUUAGAAAAUGAGUCUAAUGUUACAUCGUAACCACACAUUAACAUUUUAAACCGAAAGAUUCCGAUGAUUCCCGACGACUUACUCUCUAGGAAGACUAUAUAUUUAUUAAUUGGUUAUUAAUAAUAAUUAUUAUUAGUUAGAUAAUUAUGCAGAGGCGGUCUCAUUAAUUAAUUAUAAAAAAUAUAACAAUUAGAAUGUCAUUAAAAUUUUUUUUUUGUGAAAGAAAAAAAAUUAAUGGAUUUUCUAACCUCCAAAAAUUAAUGAGACCGCACUUGGAAAAUUAUUGUUACUGAUUUGUAAAUAAUAAUUAUUUAAUAAUUACACAUAAUUAAUGGGUAAUUUUAAAUGAUUAGUAAUUAUUAUUAAUAAUAAAUUAAUUUUUUUUGUUAAGUAAAAAAAUACAAAUGUCGAUUUUUUUUUGUCAGAACUGAAUAUUAAUUAUUACGGAUAAUUUUAAUAAUUAAUUAAUGAACAAAGUGUUUGAUUUAAUCUAAAGAUAAUUAAUUGGUGAGUGAAUUUUACUGUAUGAAUUUAAAGAGAG